AUGUCCUUUUCAUCGGAAGAGGAAGACCAAGUCCUCUCAGACGCCCAAUCCAUCGCGUCAGAAUCCAGCGACGGCGAGGAAUUGCCCCCGCGGCCGCUGCAUCACAACUACUUCGCGCCACCCUUCUACGGUCGUCCGCCGACUCCCUUGCCGCCCUCGCCAUCGCUGACAUCGCUCCUGCGUCCCUCGCGACCGACAACCCCCGAUGCAUCCGACGACGACUUCGAGCCCGUCCCCCGCGCGUCGCCGCAGGUCCCGACUUACGAAUACUACGGCUUCGUGCUGUACCUCUUCUCGACGCUGACAUUCAUCGUCUACUUGCUGUGGUCCUACCUGCCGUCGCCGUUUCUGCACGCGUUGGGGAUCUACUACUACCCGAAUCGAUGGUGGUCGCUGGCGAUACCGGCGUUUCUGACCAUGUUGGGGGUUUACAUCUACAUUGCGCUGGCUCUCUACAACGUCGAGAUCAUGACGUUGCCGCUCAAUUCACUCGAGACGGUGGUGGACGACGCAUCCAAGGUCGGAGUGAUCGACAGCAAAGGGCGGCUGAGGGACGGCCAGGCCAAGAGAAGGUCGCGAGACAAGAGGGAUAAUAGGUUGCCUGGGGGAGGGCUGAAUUGGAAGAAGAUCUGGAAUGAGGGGACGGAUGCGGUAAUGGACAUCCCGCUAGCAGGUGCCUGCGAGGUGCUUUAUGGAGAAGGGAGAGAUUUCGAGUCAGAAGACGAGUACAUCGUUACCUAA